UGCCGCCUUCCUCCCUGCUCCAAGUAAAUAGAUAGAAGGCGUCUACCAUCUGCCGGUUGCUGCAGAACACUAACCGACCGAGGGGAGAUCCGAUCGGCAAUGGCGACGCCGAUGCUGCGAUCUGCCGUUGCUGGCCUCGCGCUCCGGCGAUCGGCAAGCCUGAGGCUUCCUGCUCGCCCCGCGUCGGCCGUUUCCUUCGGCAGCAACACCGCCGCCGGCCGGUUCGAGAAGCGUCAUGUCGACGAGAAGAACGACGAGUCAGAUGCAGCACGGCGACGACGCAACCAAGAAAGACAUGGCAUCUCUCGAGGCCACGCCGGUGAUUCUGGUGAUUCUGCUUGGAUGAUGAUGAUGUUGGACGACGACAGGCCUCCUUCCACCGGACCAGACUCUACUGCGGGCUCCUCCUCCACCUCCCGUGCGUCUGCGGCGGCAGAGUUGGACGUGUCCUCGCCGUCGUCGGGGGGCUUCUGGGGCGGGGAAAGCUCCUCGUCGUGGGGCUCGGGAGGAGGGGACUCAGGCUUCGGAGGAGGGGGCUGCUCGGGAGACUAGCCAGCUGUUGGACACUGGCAAGUUUUACUCCGUUUAUUAAUUCCUAGGACAAGGAGUAUAAACCACGUUCAAUUAUUAUUUACAUGGGAUUUCUUCGCGCAAUAUUUUAUGAAAGAACCGAAUGAUUCCCCUCCUUGUGCUUAGAUUUUAAACGGUCACUUAAAGAAGGGAUCAUUAUGCGUGCAUCGAUUUCUAUGGAAUCCUUGUU